CAUUAUUUUUUCUACAACAAUCUCUUGUUAAUACAAAGAAAAAAGAAAAAAGAAAAAAAAAAACCCACCAAAUCUGCCAAAACUUGGCUAUAAAUUUGCAGUAUUCUUCAGUUGCUCUCAUUAUUCAUAAUUCUGUCACACUGGACAGUUUGUGACUCUGUUUGGUGUGUGUCUAUAUACAGCAGUUGUCAUCAAUGAAGGGAAUGCUUUUUUGUUAAAGAUAACCCAGAAUUCACGUGCUCUUUCUUAGCAAAAGUUCAUUCUUUAUACACUUUUGCCUUUUCUGCUCCUAUAUAUAUAAUAUAUGCAUUUGCAUUAAUUGCAUUGAACUAAAAGAGUAAAAGGGCGUCUCUGUGAAUUAAUUUUUUUUUGCUGAGAUGGGAUUUGGGUGGAUCUUGGCGGCGGUCGUGGUGGUGGGAUUGGUGGUGGGCGGUGUUUAUGGGUUCCCGGAGGAGGAUUUGGUGGUAAAAUUGCCUGGCCAACCGGAGGUGAAGUUCAGGCAGUAUGCAGGAUAUAUAGAUGUGGAUUUGAAGGCUGGAAGAAGCUUAUUUUACUAUUUUGUAGAGGCAGAGGAGGAUCCUGAUCAUAAACCCCUUACUCUUUGGCUCAAUGGAGGCCCAGGUUGCUCAUCAAUAGGCGGGGGAGCCUUCACAGAGUUGGGGCCCUUCUUUCCUAGAGGCGAUGGUCAAGCCCUACGAAGAAAUUCAAAAUCAUGGAAUAAAGCAUCAAAUCUCCUUUUUGUUGAGUCUCCAGCUGGAGUAGGAUGGUCAUAUUCAAAUACAACCUCAGACUACAGUUGUGGUGAUGCAUCCACAGCAAUGGAUAUGCAUAUGUUCAUGAUGGAAUGGUAUAAGAAGUUUCCAACAUUCAAAAGCCGAGAGUUGUUCCUGACUGGAGAGAGUUAUGCAGGGCAUUAUAUUCCACAAUUAGCUGUUGCUAUUCUCGACCACAACGAACAUUCUAAAGAGUUCAAGUUCAAUAUUAAAGGCGUAGCAAUUGGCAAUCCUCUUCUCAGACUUGAUCGCGAUAGUCCUGCAACAUAUGAUUUCUUUUGGUCACAUGGAAUGAUUUCUGAUGAAAUUGGCCUUGCAAUUAUGAACGAGUGUGAUUUCGAAGAUUAUACAUUUGCUAGUCCACAUAAUGUGUCACAUGCAUGUAAUAAGGCCAUAUCAGAGGCAAACAUUAUUGUUGGGGGUUAUAUAAAUAAUUACGACGUGAUUCUCGAUGUGUGCUACCCUUCUUUAGUAGAGCAAGAAUUGAGACUACGAAAGAUGGCUACUAAGAUUAGUGUUGGAGUAGAUGUGUGCAUGAGCUAUGAAAGGCGGUUCUACUUCAACCUUCCUGAGGUUCAGAAGGCUCUUCAUGCGAACCGGACCAAUUUGCCGUAUAGCUGGUCCAUGUGCAGCGGUGUUCUAAAUUAUAGCGAUACAGAUGGCAACAUCAAUAUUCUUCCUCUGCUUAAAAGAAUCGUGCUAAACAACAUUCCAGUUUGGAUUUUCAGUGGAGAUCAAGAUUCAGUCGUGCCAUUAAUUGGUUCACGAACACUUGUACGCGAACUUGCUCAUGAUCUGCAGUUCAAGAUUACAGUUCCAUAUGGAGCAUGGUUUCACAAAGGACAGGUUGGAGGCUGGCAAACUGAGUAUGGAAACUUGUUAACCUUUGCAACUGUUAGAGGUGCUGCUCAUAUGGUACCCUAUGCACAGCCUUCAAGAGCUCUGCAUCUGUUCAGUUCGUUCAUCCGUGGCCGGAGAUUGCCAAACACAACUCGUCCUUCCAUCGAAGAGUGACUAAGAGCACUACAGUGACAGAUUUGUAUUCAGAAAUUAUAUAUAAAGUCGAGUUGUAGUUCCUGGAAUUUCAUUGAGCCGAAGGCAACACAUCCAUUCUGCAUUGUGAUUUAUAAUAAGAAAGCAAAACCAAAGGAAAAUCUCAGAAACAGUGAUUAUUGAUAUGAUUGUUGAGGAAUGAAAAUCAUCUUGGUAUGUCAUGUUUCAUUGACUAAGCAUUGUAUUGGUGUAUGUUUAAAAAUAGGGGAUUUUAUUUAGCC